GAAGGAGAGCACAAAGGUCGGACAGAAAAAGAGAAGGAGAGCACAAAGGUCGGACAGAAAAAGAGAAGGAGAGCACAAAGUUUGAGUCCACUUGUCGCUUCCUCUCGCCGCCAUGCACCCGCUCUCACAAUUGUGUUUUUGCCUGGUGUGUUUGCGUGCAGAUGCGCAAUAUAUUCAUGCUUUGUUGCAAUGCCAGGGAACCUCCAGUGAUGGGCGCGACAUGAUCCUCCUGCUGCAGAUCUACUAUGACAAGAUGCUUUAUCUCCAAUACAGCAGCACCUCGGGAAACUUUAGCGCCGAGACAAAGACAGGAAAGCAAAUUGCGAAAAUUCUCAAUUCUCAUUAUUUGAACAAUAUCAAAAGAAAGGUGGAAGACUGCAAGACGUGGAUCAAAGAAACAUACGACAUCUUUGACCGGAAAGUGGAGCCCAAAGUCCGACUGCGGUUAGCCGAGGGCACGUCGGACGGCCGGCCUCCGGCCGCCCUCGUCUGCAGCGUGUACGACUUCUACCCGAAGGAUAUCGCGGUGACGUGGCUGAGAAACGGCGAGAAGGUGACGUCUAACGUGACGUCCACUGAGUCGCUACCCAACGGCAACUGGCUCUACCAGAGGCACUCGCACUUGCAGCACACGCCGACGCCCGGGCACACCGUCAGCUGCAUGGUGGAGCACGGCAGCCUCCAGGAGCCCAGGAUUUAUGACUGGGAGCCAAUGCCCGAGUCCGUGAGGAACAAGAUCACGUUGGGGGCAACGGGGCUGAUCGUUGGUCUGCUUUCUUUUUCUGCUGGGCUCAUUUACUACAGAAGGAAUGUGCCUGGAUGUGAGAGAGUCUCAACAAGUGGUGACAGCAGGGACGUGAGGCCAGGGGAGGCGGAGCCUCAACUGCAUCAUGAAGAGUGAGGGGGGUGGGGGGGGAAGAAUAAUCACGAUGAAUACAAUUUGUUUCCAUUUUAUGCUUUGUGCUUGAUAAUGAUUUUCUGUUUGAAUCCAAUAACUUCCACGAUUUCGAUGUCAAGAUUGCUGGAUUUGCGUCUUUCCUCGUUCGGGAUUGCCUCCGUGAUACCCACAUUGUCGAGUUCUCAUUGGAUGUCUUCCUGAUUGGCUGAGGCUGAGGAUGACUUGAGCAGACUGCACUGUGUUGUCCUGAAUCGUGUUUGGUUUCUCUGUUAAUAUCAGCUUAACUUCUUCAUUUUCCAAUCUCGUUAGAUGUGCUAAGAUGAGGGUUUCAUUGAAUAGAACUCAAAUGCUGAGGCUUUAAUAUUUAUUUAUUCCCCCCGCCCCCAACGGACGCCUUCAAAGAAGAACCAUAUUAAAUUGCAUUGUAAUAGUAUUUUAUUCAAAUACAAUUGAAAACAGAUGUUUGCACACACAAUCUAAAAAGAAUUUGUUUUUUAUUCACUGUCUCACAUGAAAUCAGACCAAAAAUUUCAGGUUUCAGCUCAAUUUAGAUGAUCAAAAUGAUUUGCCUUUGCUAAAUACCCUAUUUUUUUUUUUGGCAACUUUUCAUUACUUUCUUCAAAGUCCGAAGUUUACAUACAAUGAGACUACUAUGUCUUUAAACAAUGGGGGGAAACCCAGACGAUGACAUCAUUUCUUUAAGCACCUUCCGAUAGGUUCAUUGACAACGUCUGAGUCGGAGACUCACCUGUGGAUGUAUUUGUACUCGACACAGCUGAAACAUUCUGCUUCUUUGUGUAACAUCAUGGGAAAGUCCAAGGAAAUCAGCCAAAACAUCAGGAGGAGAAUUGCACAAUCCGGGUUCAUCCUUGGGUGCAAUUUCCAGAUGUCUGACAAUUCAGGCCAGGAAAGCGAUGAAGAAAGGAUUUCACCGUUGGAAGGCAGUCCAAACGUGACUUCAUGAUUGUGUGAUUGUGGAUGACGGACGGGCGGGCUUUUGGCUUCUUGGACGCGACGAGGAUGCAGGCUGCACUUGUGGCGCUCGCCGCCUGCUGCGUGAGGGCGUUUUGUGCAGGUGAGCGAAUGAAGAUUCACUUGUCACAGGGCGCACAAGAAUAUGGCAGCCCAAAGAAAUCUUUUUGUUGUCGUCACCAUGACCACCAUGCUGAAAGUACAAAACUGACGCUGGAACAGCAAACACAGGGACGUGAGAAGAUCCCCACACAAUGCACGUGUCCUUUCACCAUGCAACCCGAUCGAAAAGGUGGGAAAAGAAAAAUAAAAUAGAAAAAGAACUAGAAUAAAAAUAAAACAACAACUACAACCUGAA